AUAGUUUAUAAUUAGUCCCUUGAUUUAAUUUAAAGGAACAUAAUAUAAAAACUUUGUUUGACGUUUUUAGUAGUAUAAAACUACAAAUAUAUCUUCUUUUGAUAAAACUUUUCUUGGGACAUCCACUAUGAUCGAUCAAACGGUCAAUUCUCUCUCCUUCUAAAUCUCUCCCACUCUCUCUCUAAUAUUUAGCUUCGAAUUCAUCCAUGGCGGAUCAUUGGGUGGCAUAACAACGAUGAGAGAACUUAUAGGCAUCGUUAAAGACAAAAUCUCGCUUUCAAAGCUUGCUCUUCUCUCCAAACCCCAAACCUUAUCUCUCCACGUCGCCGUCCUCCGCACCACAUCCCACUCACCAUCAACUCCUCCCAAUGACCACCACCUCGCCACCCUCCUUUCUCUUGGAGACAGCUCACGCGCCACCGCUUCCAUCAUUAUCCACUCCAUAAUGAACCGCCUCCACCGCACCAACGACUCCUACGUCGCCCUCAAGUGUCUCCUCACCAUCCACCACAUCAUCAAACGCGGCCCUUUUAUUCUCAAAGAUCAGCUCUCCGUUUUCUCCUCUGCCGGCGGUCGUAACAAUCUCAAACUCUCCGGUUUUCGCGACGGCGCGUCGGCUACCACGUGGGUUCUCUCCGCUUGGGUCCGGUGGUAUGCUCGAUACCUCGAAACGUUACUUUCCACGUCGAAAAGCCUCGGUUUUGUUGUAUGUUCGUCUUCUUAUUCGGUGUUAGAGAGAGAAAAACAACAAGAUUCGAUCUCAUCUUACAUGAACUCGGAUUUGAUCAGAGACUUUUGCUCGUUGGUGACUUUGAUCGAAGAAAUCUGCAAAGUACCCGAUAAUCUUCUCGUAGAACGAGACAAGUUGUUGCACAGUGUCAUGGAGCUUCUGGCUAACGAUUACCUGUCGUCGGUGAACGAGAUCCUACUUCGACUCAGUGAGUUUAGAGAAAGGCUUGGUCUUCUGAGUUUCAACGAGUCGGUCGAGUUGGCUUCUGGUUUGGACAGAUUAACAGCUUGCAAAGAUAAAUCAUUACAACUAUUUUCAAUUAGAAAACCGUCAGUUGAGACCCUUUGGGAAAUGAUUGAAGAAUUGAAUAAUAAAUUUGGAUUUGUAAAGUUACAGAAAUUGAGGAGGGAUAGUGGAAGUGAGUCAGCUCGGUUCGGAGACCGAGUUUUAGUGACUCGUGAUCCCAUGAAGUUCUCAUCUGGUCGAUUGAGAUUGAACUAUGGUAGUUGAUUGUUUUUUUUUUUUUUAAUGUUUAAAUGUUUUUUAAUAAUAUUUGCUAGUAAAGUGUCAAAACGUCAUUCGAUUAGCGGAUUAGGUGAAAGAUUUGUGCAUAUUUGGAUAGAGAUGAUGAGAUAUUUUUUACAUUGAAUAUAGUAUUGAAUUGUUAAUUAAAAACGAUUAAUGUAGACAAUUUAUUUGGAAA